CGUGUGGACCUGUGGAUGCCCAAGCUAGAAGGAGUAUACCUUGACCUCGUCCUUUCCGAGGACAGCCCUUUCAAGAUUAUGGAUGGUGGAAAGCUGGUGGCUAACCCAUGGGACAUGCCUCCUCCUUAUCCAACAUAUGUUGCAACCCCCUCAUCUUCGUCUUCGUCUUCGUCACAUAUUCUGGCAUUGCCUUUGAAGAAGAGUGAGCCGUUGGACCUCUACGAGUCCUUGCGCAAUUACUUUGUCCUCAAAUACUCUGAGAGUGUGGCAAAGAGUGUAGAAGGCCUUCUCGAAUUGCUAAACAAAUUGCGUAGUGAAAUGCUGCGUGAUGACCUCUCUCUACCCUUGCGCCGUGACUGCCUCAUCCGCUAUUACAAAUGCCUUUGCAUGAUUGAGCCUUUGUUCCCCAUGACUUCCUCAUCCAACCCACCUAUCUUUGUUUGGUACAAUGCCUUCAACCCACAACAGAACUCUUCUCAGCACAACAUCCAUUUGGAGAAGGCCUCUGUUCUCUUCAACCUGGGAGCCCUCGGCUCCCACAUUGCUCUCUCCUGCGAUCUCACCACCAUCCAAGGCCAGCGCAUUGCCAUAGACGCCUUACAUGAUGCUUCAUAUUGGUUCUUAAUACUAACGCAUGAGGCUGAGAAGGCAUCUGCCACCAUUGACUUGUCAAUAAGCUGCACCCAGAUGCUGCACGAGAUAAUAAGCGCGCAGGUUGCUGACUUGGAAUGCAAUUUUCCUCAACUCCGUUAUGUAUCACUUUGUGGUGGAUGUCCUGUUUUUGUGCUUUAUCGGAAAGCUUUUGACAUGUCGACAUUGGGGCCUUUAGCUGAGACUCGUGUUCAAUCCUUGAUAGCUCAACAUCUUCUGUCGAUUAUGAGAACCUGCCUUAUUGAAUUUGCUCCUAGUGAUGUCACUGAACAAUUUCUUGUAGGGUAUUGUAAGGCUGCACAAUUUCUUACAGGGUAUCGUAUUCCAGUGGGAUGUCAACCACCAUGCUUGGACCUUCUCUCCAAGGCUGGCCCUGUCAUGAUUAAGGAUGGAAAUCUUGUGGCCAACCUUAGUGGCAGUGACAUUCGCAUUGGAGGAGAUGAGCUCCCAGGAGACCACAGUAACAUGGCCAUAGACCAAAACUGAACAAGCUUUAGGAAUUACCUGUUUAUUUUCAUUUUUAAAUUGGAUAUUGGAAUUUUGUUUGU